GGCCAAUGUAAACGGAAGUGGUUUGUGUUUAAUUUUUCAUACAUGCACUGUGACCCAUCUACGCGGUCUGGGUUACCACUGAACACUAACCCUAACCCUAACCCAGUUAAAAAAGAAAAAAGAAAGUCAGGUUUGGAACCAGAACGUGCAAUAUGCUGAAACAAGAGCAGGAUUAAAGUCCCCGCCAAACCCGUUGGUCAGAUUAAAGAAGGAGACUGCUGGAGGAGCUGGGGAUAACGCUGGUUGAUCGGACUCCAUUCCCAUUACUCCCACUGUCCACAGAUCCUACCUCCAGCCUGGAGUAGCGUAUCAGUCCCGGGAAGGAUCUGAAGAGAUUAUUACAGGAGAGUGAAUACAUGGAUGACGGUAACUGUGAGACAGAUCUGUGCUCGCUUAUAGAAUCCCUGACCUGCUAUAGUUCCAGGAGACUCCAAAGGCUCAAGCUAAAACUGCAGGUACAGGAAUAAACUCACUGCAGACAGAAUUAUGUGCAAGACCUAUGACAUCUGGAAAUCAAACUUUAAAGACGGGAAUGUCUUUAAAAUGUAGAUGUUUUAUGGGUGAAGUGUCACAGCAUCCUCGUAUUAUGAAGUUGAGAAUAUUAAAAGCCGCUUUCAAUCUUUUGAAGAACCCCAGGAUUGAGCCUGCUCUGAAAAAUGCCACAUGCUGCCUAAAAACAGUAAUUAAUAACAAACUAAUCAACCCUUCACUAAGGAGGCCCAAACCAUACAGCUCUCUUUUUUCUUAUUAAAUGUGUAUAUGUCGUUCUUUCACACCACAAAAUUAUAUAAAAGCUGUAACUGAUUUGCAUAAAUGCAGAGAGAGAACAGAGAGGGCUGUGAACAGGAAGAGGCCUCCGAAUGCAACUGCUCGAGCAUACAGAGCCUGGUUUCAGGGGCGGAGGUGUCAACUAUUGUUUGUUUAUGGAUAAUAAAUGCUAAAUAUUUUCAGGUUUUGUGGACUUUAACAAUUGUGCUUGUGUUAUACAGUAUGUGCUUUGGUUUUGAAGGUCUCUGAUUAUCUUUCAGUGCUUUUUUACUUGUAUGACAGUGAUGAUGAUGAAGAGGGAGAAAGACACAAGCUGGCUCAGCUGCAGCGAGAGGAGAUGAUUUCUUUUUUGUAUCCUCCCACUUUUACUCUGAGAAUGAUGCAUGAUGACUUGCACUUGGUUAGUCACUGUAACUGAUGUCACAUGUUGAACAUCCAUGAAACAUCCCCUCAACUUCAUAGACUGUGACAGUCAGCAAAUGGCUAAACACCAACAUUUUAAUUUAUAUUAAUAUAUUGUUAUUUUAUUGAUAUUAAGUUAACCUAUUUUUUAUCUGAUCAUCACCUCUUUCAGAAAGCAACAGGAACAUAUCAGUUCAAUUAGGAGACAGAAACAAGAAUUUGUUCCUGGAUUCUGGAACAUCAACACCAUAGAGAUGGGAGGAUUAGGAAGAACUGGAUGAGAAAAAUCCAGAAGAGGAAAUACGAGAUGCAUCAGCUGAAGAGAAGAGGAGAUUCCCGGCGCUCUGAUUGGCUGUGUUCACAUCGCGUCAUCUGUUCUGUUUGUCUACGUUUCCUGUCAAAUUGUCAAUUUUGGAUCCAUACUUCUCUGUUUUCAUAAUAUCUCUAAACGAAAUAACAGCGAAUAAUAAGGAAUCGGCGGGUUCCUUUAAAAUGAGAAAGUCCUCCUACCUCAUGUAUUAUCAUGGAGUACUUAUGGCUAAAGCUUUGACUGAACUCUGCAGGGCUCAGCAACUCUGAUGCCCAAUCCACGCACGUGUGUUUCCUCAAAGAGUAUCCCAGAAUUCCCUCCAGUAACCUCACCGCAUGUCGCGCAUCAGGAGCACACUGGACACCGUUACCAAAGCUGUGAGCGGAACGGUGAACUCUGACCUCCUCGCCAAAAUCACGCGCCUCAAACCCAGUGCCACCCAGGGCAAAACUAUAGAUGUUAAAGUGGAAUGUCCCGAGGCAGAGGCCGGAGCUGUCAUGACCAUGGCGACACCUGAGCCGCCCAGAGAGAAAGAGGUGAAAAAAGACAUGGAACUUCAUAAAGAAGCCCCAAAAUCUAUCAGCAGUCUGUCUAGCAGCACAGGAAGCACGACCAGUGCAGUUGCAAAGCAAACGCUGCAACGUUUUCAGCCUGCAGCCUUCACAACCAACAUGGAUGAAACAUACGAUCACCUGGCUGAACAUGUCAAUGCCUACUUUGGAAGUGACAUGCAAGAUGACAAAAGAUCACAACGGGUUAGAGAAGACACAACAUCCUCGAUAUCUCAGAUCCAGUCUAGUGCUCUUCCAAAAAGUAGCAAGGAUGAUAUCCUAAUGGCGGUGCCUGUGUCCUGUAGAUCCACACCAAAAACGCCCCCUGUUAUUGACAAGAAUAGCUCCGUCCCAAGUCCGGAAGCCCCUUCUGCUCCAGCUCAGGAUGAGGCGGUUUCAAACAUCCCCAUAUCGCCAAGGAAAGGCAUCAGUCAUUACCUGUCCUACCCCAGGCCCAGCGUCCAGGCUUUUGUAGGAAACUACAUCACUCCUCUCGUCCCAAAGUUCAGAGCGGAUUCAAAGAGUGGCACAGCAGAGAAGGAAAAGCCCUCUGGAUCUGAACGGGCUGCGUCCCAGGAUGCAAAGAGUGCAGAAAGCAAGGAGCAAAAAGAGGCAGAAGAGAAAGCACAGAGGCUGUUGUCUCAGAGGGAGAAGAUUAUAGCACGUGUUAGUGUGGAUAACCGAACCAGAGCACUGGUCAAGAGUCUUCAGCGAGUCACUGAUGUGAAGAUCACCAUCAGCAGGGUGGAGGAACUGAGCUUCCACCUGCUGGAAUUUCCAGAGACCAGAGGGGUGGCAGUCACUGAGAAGGUCAUCCCGUGUCUGCUGCGUUUGAGGCAGGCCAGAGACGUCAAUCUGCAGGCUGCAGUGAGACAGGCUCUGGCUCUGGUGGGCUACAAUGACCCAGUCAAAGGCAGAGGAAUACGUGUCCUCUCCAUCGACGGAGGGGGGACCAGGGGUUUGGUUGCAUUGCAGGCUUUGCACAGGCUGGAGAGUUUGACAGGGAAGCCCAUCUACCAGCUGUUUGACUACAUAUGUGGAGUUAGUACAGGGUCCAUCCUGGCCUUUAUGCUGGGAGUGUUCCAGAUCCCUCUGGAUGAGUGUGAGGAACUCUAUCGGAAGUUGGGAUCUGAUGUCUUUAAACAGAACCUAAUUGUGGGCACAGUGAAAAUGGGAUGGAGUCAUGCGUACUAUGACAGCCAGAUCUGGGAAGAGAUCCUCAAAGAAAGAAUGGGGCCUGGACUAAUGAUCGAGACUUCCAAGGACUCUAAAUGCCCCAAGGUGUCAGCGGUGAGCACCAUUGUGAACAGAGGCCUGCCGCUGAAAGCAUAUGUCUUCAGGAAUUAUAACUUCUUGCCUGGGGUUCGCUCACACUACUUGGGCGGCUGCCAGCAUAAAAUGUGGCAAGCCAUUCGAGCAUCCUCCGCCGCUCCAGGAUACUUCCAGGAGUUUGUACUAGGAAAUGACCUCCACCAGGACGGUGGUCUCUUGAUCAAUAACCCUACCGCUCUGGCCAUCCACGAGAGCAAGUGUUUGUGGCCCAACACGCCUGUGCAGUGUGUGGUGUCUCUGGGCACAGGCCGAUACGAAACCAUAGGCAAGACCAACUCGAGCACUUAUACCAGCUUGAAGACCAAACUCACCAAUGUCAUCAGCAGCGCCACAGACACUGAAGAGGUCCACACGAUGCUGGAUGCCCUCCUCCCCCCGAACACUUAUUUUCGUUUUAACCCUUACAUGAGUGAGGAAAUCCCACUGGACGAGAGCAGACAGGAUAGGCUGGACGUCCUGCAGGCUGAGGGUCAGCAGUACCUGGAGCGAAACGAGAAUAAGCUAAAGAAAGUGGCUAGUGUUCUCACUCAAGAAAAGGGAAUCGUUCAGAAACUCGCCGAAUGGGCCCAGCUUAAAGCUGACAUGUACGAUGGCCUUCCUUUUCGCUCGAAACUCUAAACUUACAAUCUAAACCAAACUAGCACAACCUCUGACCUUUUAACACAUAACAAGGUAAACUGAGUGCUACAGUGUAACUACACAAUGCAUGUUGCCAUAUGCCAAUAGCAAAUCAAGUCUGUUGCCUCAUUCUGACGAGCACAUACGAUUGAAAAGAUUCAUUAGGUCUGAUUUUAAGGCUUUAUUUUUAUUGUAACAAAAGUUAUUGUUUACCUUGUGUCGUUUGAAACGAAGAUCCUUGAAAGCACGAAAAGUUAGCGGCAAUACUAACUAGCUAUCACAAUGCAUUUGCUGCUUUUCAUUUGUUGGGAUAUACUAAUGUAAUUUGAUCCGUUAAUUUACAAUAGGAUACAUUUGCUGUUGUGUAAUGUCUCUCAUUGAAAAACCCUUAGUAUUAGUCGACUGAACUGACAGUACUGUAGUUAGCAUGAGUUGCUAAAUCAUUUUCAACCUCAUUUUUUUUUAAUUCAAAUGAUCAGCCUUGUAAUUUUAUGUCAGACCACAGUGGUAUCCAGCAGCACUAAUGUUUUAAAGAUUUUGCACGCAAUGUUUCGAAAGCACUCAAUGCAGUUGCGUUAUGGCUGAAGAUGGCUUGCAUUGAUUAUCGUGGAAAUACUAAUGAAAUGAUCAUUGAUUUUGUGUAUUAUGUUUGAAUGCCUCCGCUGCUUUCCAGUACACAUUUUUAUUUGCUUCUGCAUGCACUUAGCUGGAAAAUAUUUGACAUAAUUUAUUGGUUCUUUUCAGACCGAGUGUAUAAUAUUGUAAAGUAUUUUGAAUCCAUGUAUGUGUAAAAAAAUAAACAUUAAUGUAUAACAGUGUUGUAGAUUUCAGUUUUAACAGCUCGAUUCAGAAAUUCAAUUUUCCUAUCACCUUGAAACUGUAUUCCCUGAUGAUUAUGAAGAGAAAUAAAUGACUUUAACUUCA